CCCGCCCCGCCCCGGCUCCGGCGGCGCGCUCGCGCAGGCGUUGCACCUGGCGCCCUCUUCGGGGCUCGCCGUCUCCAGGACAACCGGCCUCGCCGCGGCGCCUCUGCCAUGGUUUUCUCAAAUAAUGAUGAAGCCCUUAUUAACAAAAAACUACCCAAAGAACUUCUGUUAAGAAUAUUUUCUUUCUUGGACAUAGUUACUUUGUGUCGAUGCGCACAAGUUUCCAAGGCAUGGAAUGUUUUAGCUCUGGAUGGAAGCAAUUGGCAAAGAAUAGACCUCUUCAACUUUCAAACGGAUAUAGAGGGUCGAGUUGUGGAAAAUAUAUCGAAAAGGUGUGGUGGGUUCCUGAGACAACUUAGUCUGAGAGGAUGUCUUGGUGUUGGAGACUCCUCCUUAAAGACCUUUGCACAGAACUGUAGAAACAUCGAACACUUAAAUCUAAAUGGGUGCACAAAAAUCACUGACAGCACGUGUUACAGUCUUAGCAGAUUCUGUUCCAAGCUGAAACAUCUGGAUCUGACAUCUUGUGUAGCCAUCACAAACAGCUCUUUGAAAGGCUUAAGUGAGGGUUGCAGAAAUCUGGAACAUUUGAAUCUUUCCUGGUGUGAUCAGAUUACGAAGGAUGGUAUUGAAGCACUGGUGAAAGGGUGUAGUGGACUAAAAGCUCUAUUUCUUAGAGGUUGCACACAGUUAGAAGAUGAAGCAUUGAAACACAUUCAAAAUCACUGUCAUGAACUGGUGAUCCUGAAUUUGCAAUCCUGUACGCAAAUUUCAGAUGAAGGCAUUGUCAAAAUCUGUAGAGGAUGCCACAGACUUCAGUCACUCUGUGUUUCAGGCUGUAGCAACCUGACAGAUGCUUCUCUCACAGCACUUGGUCUAAACUGUCCAAGGUUGAAGAUUUUGGAAGCUGCAAGAUGUUCACAUCUUACAGAUGCUGGUUUUACCCUUUUAGCACGGAAUUGCCAUGAGCUGGAGAAGAUGGACUUGGAAGAGUGUGUUUUGAUAACCGACAGCACAUUGAUACAACUUUCUAUACACUGUCCUAAGCUACAAGCAUUGAGCUUAUCUCACUGUGAACUGAUCACCGAUGAUGGGAUUCUGCAUCUGAGCAACAGUACUUGUGGUCAUGAGAGGCUGCAGGUCCUGGAGCUUGAUAACUGCCUCCUCAUCACUGAUGUGACGCUGGAGCACCUGGAGAACUGCCACAACUUGGAGAGAAUUGAGCUGUAUGACUGCCAGCAAGUGACACGAGCUGGAAUCAAGCGGAUCAGAGCUCAUCUACCUCAUGUGAAAGUCCAUGCUUACUUUGCUCCAGUAACUCCCCCGCCAUCAGUAGGAGGGAGCGGACAGCGCCUCUGCAGAUGCUGUAUCAUUCUCUGACAGUAAGUGCAACCACACAGCAGAUUUCAUUGUUGAUGUUGAAGAGAACGGGACUGCAAGGCAGUGGAAGGAGUUGGUUUCCUGACAGUCCUAACAGUGGUGUUUGGUCAUCCAGUUUUGUGACAAGAAAAGCGUUUUUUUUCCAGGUAAAACUCUUACCAUAAUGUGCAGCUGUGGAUUAAGUUGGUGAUGCUUCA